AUGUCUAAAAUACUCAACCAGCAGGUGGCCAUUAUCGGAAUCGACGCAAAUGCGAAGACGGGACUCGAACAACAAUCCGGUGUGCUAGGAAAAUGGUAUUAUCUAGCGAAGCGCACGUCGAAAAACGAGAAAGAAGAGCAGGAAAAGCGUCUUAGAAGGAAGUUGCGCCGUCAACUGCCACAAGAUAACGAGUGGACGUCCAAAGGGAAGGAGUUUGAAAAGGCGUGGGAGGACAAGAACCCGCGGAAAGCCUAUGCUUUAUUAAAGCAGCCGACAUAUGCGAUUAACGAGGGACCAUCGACCCAGUCGGAAGUUCUGGUCUGUAUCCAAAAGAAGAAAGAUGGAAAAUCUGGUGGAUACGACGGGAUUAGCGCAGAAAUGCUGGAAUAUCUUACUCCGUCUGGGAUUCGUGAAUUGACAACGAUCAUCCGUUCAAUAUGGAUAGACGCUCAUCGAGACCGUCUUCUCAACACGCUCCGCGCCGAUAUAGUACCAAGCAAGUUCGUUCGCUUCCUUGAUGAAAUGAAUCAACGAACAACUGCUGCAGUUCGAACACCAGCCGGAUAUACAACAACAUUCGAGGUGGCAAUUGGAGUAAGACAAGGGGCAGCCGCAGGACCCUUCUUGUUCAACUUCGCUAUCGACGACAUCAUGCGAAGAACGGUCGAUCAGUGUCCUGCCGACAUCAGCACCAUCAGGAUGCACCUUGACUGA